CCUAACCUGUGCCCUAAAGCCUUCCCUCACCGCCGACUUCUCCCCUUCGCUUCCUCUGUGCCACCCUCCGAGGGCUGCAACGGCGUCGGCAGAUCGCCGGCCUCGCUCACCCGCACCGGCAGAGUCUCCCGAGCCCUCUCCCUCUCACGAUUUCCCCUCUUCACCGUGCCCUAGCCGCCUCUUUUCCUCUCUCGAUCUCACGUAUGUGAUCACGCCGACCACCAUCCGCACCGCCGGGAUCUUUCCCUCUUCUCACCGUUGGCCGGACUUGCCAUCUCCACGGAUCGCCGGAUGUUUGCUACGGUUGUCCUUCUCUUUAAGUUGCAGCCCGUGCCUGGCCAUCCUCACCGCCAGAUCGCCGAUUCUCUGUAGCCUCGAAGGACACCUGAUGCCGCCGUCGUCUUCCCUCUCCGGCCACGAACAGGAGGCAGUGGGGUUGUGCCCGUGAGCCGAUUUCCCCUCUCCCACACCACGUGAUGCCAUCACCGACGCUGUGCCCUGGUUGUGCUUGCCACAGUGCUGAUCAUCGAUCAUCGAUGUUGACAUUCCAGGCGGACUGGUCGUCACCAGUGAGGCUCCUCCACCACCGUGGGUCGUCGUCUGCCCUAAUGUGAGCUUGACCUUGCCUUAUUGCCCAAUUGGUUCUCUGGUGGACAUGGAGCAGCUCCAUCAGAUCAUUGGUGAGGACUUGGAUUCGGGACGAGCGUCUCGGCGUGAGAUUUCAGGACGUGAUCUACGUAUCAAGGUAGCAGGUAAAGGAUUUAUGGAGUCGCCUGGAGAUCCUGUCCGCCAGUUCCACGUCACAUUCGAGGAUGACCUUACGAUUUCGAUUUUUAAUGGUGAUCUGGACCAGCAACAACAUGAAACUAGUUUCCUAUCAUUAGUAAUGUUGCUGCACAUGAGAUUUUGGAAGAGCAAAAGUGGUGUGCCAAAUGUGGAAAAUUUCAAUUGCCAAAUCAGAUUGACAUAGAAACAGAGAAAGAAAGGAAAAGAGUCUGCAGAUUAAAGAAUGAAAACAGUGGUUAAAGUUGUUAAGUAAUUGGAGAGCAUGUUGUGUUGCAUUGUCCGAGACGACCAUUACUUCAAGUGUGGGGGAUGAAGUUCUUAUUCAUAGGGGAUUUGAGAUUAUUUGAAAUUCAAAAUUCUGGAAUUAAAGUGUGAAAAUCAUGAUUUUAUUGUAUUAUUUUGAUUCAUAUAUGCAUUGUUUGAUAUUGAUUUUAUUGGUUUAAAUCAUGGUUACAUCACAUUUCAUGCAUUGUCUUUAUUUUUGGCUUAAUUACAAAUUAUCUUAUUUUUGGUGUUAUUUGAUGCUAAUAUUUGAUUCUUAUUUUG